CCAAGCCUGUCUUUCUACCUUUACUCUUUGCCCUUCACUCUCUUCAAGACUGAGUCUCUAGACACUCCCGUCUUCUUCUUUCACAGCUCAUUCAUGUCUUCUUCUUGUUCCCUUUAAAGCUCUCAAAAGCCAAAGCAAGAACUAGCCACAUUGCAGAAAAAAACCCAUAAAAAAUGAACCUUCAUAACCUCUCCUUUCUUCUUCUUCAUCUUCUGUUCUUCUUUCACCUCCCCUUAUCAAAACCAGAUCUCUCUUCCGACCGUGCAGCCCUCCUCGCCUUCCGCUCCUCCGUCGGAGGCCGUACGCUCCUUUGGAAUGCCUCCCAAUCGAGUCCCUGCAGCUGGGUCGGCGUUCUCUGUGAACAGAACCGUGUAACGGUGCUCAGACUCCCCGGCGUAGCUCUCUCCGGCCAAAUCCCACUUGGAAUUUUUGGAAACUUGACUGCUCUCCGUGCUCUCAGCCUCCGUCUCAACUCUCUCUACGGCCAACUCCCUUCUGACCUUGCUCUCUGUUCUAAUCUCCGUAAUUUGUACCUCCAAGGAAACCAAUUUUCCGGCGAUAUCCCCGAGUUUUUGUUCACUUUGCAUGGCCUUGUCCGGUUAAAUCUCGCCAGUAACAAUUUUUCCGGCGGGAUCUCUUCUGGAUUUAACAAUUUGACGCGGCUGAAGACUUUGUAUCUCGAAAGCAACAGCCUUUCCGGGUCAAUUCGCCAGUUAAAGUUACCGAAUCUUCAGCAGCUUAAUGUUUCAAACAAUUUUCUAAAUGGGUCAAUUCCAAAAGCGCUUCAAGCUUUCGGGUCAAGUUCAUUUCUGGGUAAUUCUCUUUGUGGGAAACCACUUGAAGAUUGCUCAAAAAGCGCCAGUGUGGUUGUUCCAAGUACACCCACCGGCGGGGAUAGUAAUGAGAAAGAGAAAAAGAAGAAGCUUUCCGGCGGAGCAAUUGCCGGCAUUGUAAUUGGAUCUGUUCUUGGGUUUCUGUUAAUUGUAAUGAUUUUGAUGAUUUUGUGUAGAAAAAAGAGCAGCAAGAGAAGUAGGUCAGUUGACAUUGCUUCAUUGAAGCAACAAGAAGCAGAACUUGCUGGAGAUAAAGGAAGUGUUGGGCAGGUGGAGAAUGGUGGUGGGUACUCAGUUUCAGUGGCGGCAGCCGCAGCAGCGGCAAUGGUGGGGAAUGCUAAAGGGGAAGUGAAUGGUAACAGUAAUGGCCCCAAAAAGUUAGUAUUUUUCGGAAAUACAGGGAGGAUUUUUGAUUUAGAAGAUUUGUUGAGAGCUUCUGCAGAAGUUCUAGGAAAAGGGACCUUUGGAACAGCUUAUAAAGCUGUUUUGGAGAUGGGAACUGUGGUGGCUGUGAAGAGAUUGAGGGAUGUAACACUUUCUGAAACGGAAUUCAAGGAGAAAAUUGAUACCGUUGGCGUGAUGGAUCAUCGAAAUUUAGUCCCACUUCGAGCUUAUUAUUAUAGCAGAGAUGAGAAGCUUCUUGUUUAUGACUUCAUGCCAAUGGGAAGCUUGUCUGCACUUUUACAUGGCAACAAAGGAGCAGGUAGGACUCCUUUGAACUGGGAAAUUCGAUCUGGCAUUGCGCUUGGAGCUGCUCGUGGCAUCGAAUAUCUUCACUCCCAAGGUCCUAAUGUCUCUCAUGGAAACAUAAAAUCAUCAAACAUUCUUCUAACAAAAUCUUAUGACGCACGUGUCUCUGAUUUUGGCUUGGCGCAUCUCGUUGGUCCUUCCUCUACCCCCAACCGGGUAGCCGGCUACCGGGCUUCAGAGGUCACUGACCCUCGCAAAGUAUCCCAGAAGGCCGAUGUGUAUAGCUUUGGUGUGCUGCUCUUGGAGCUUCUCACUGGAAAGGCCCCAACGCAUGCCCUCUUGAACGAGGAAGGUGUCGACCUCCCCAGAUGGGUGCAGUCCAUUGUUAAAGAGGAGUGGACUUCGGAGGUUUUCGACCUCGAGCUCCUGAGGUACCAGAGUGUUGAAGAGGAGAUGGUUCAGCUCUUGCAGCUCGCCAUUGAUUGUGCAGCACAAUACCCUGACAACCGUCCUUCAAUGUCGGAAGUAACGAGGCGAAUCGAGGAGCUAUGUCCUCUGAGCAUUCAAGAAGAACAGGAUCCUCAGCCGGAUCAAGUGAACGAUGCAGAUGAAGCAUAUUCACUAUGAGCUGCCAUUAAAAAGUCAUCCCAGAAAUACAGUGUUGGUUUUAUUGUAUGUUUGAUUUGAAGCCUUCAAUCUUCAUCGUUUCAUUAGGAGCCAAGCCAACUGUUUUUCAUCUCUUCAUUAGUAGUCCUUGUACUAGAUUAUUUUUUUUUUUCUCAACUUUAAAAUUUCAUGAAAACUUUGAGGUUGAAGCCAGUUCAAAUUGUUCUUGUUGGGUGGAAGAAGGUGCUUGUAAUUAUUCUAAGAUUUGCUUUUGCUUUUUGAUA